AUGCCCCCCAGAUUACUAUGUUCCUCCACCACCAACCGGAGUGGCUUCUGGCGUGGAGAGAAGAGAAAUGGAAAUGGCGUUGCUACGGGAGAGACAAGGGUUUGCUUCUUCCAAUUGCAGGGAAAUAGAAGAACCACUAGGUAUAUUCUGAAGUCUUCCAAUCAGUACACCACAGCAAUAAUGAUGAACGAUACAGCUGCUGUUACUUCUGAUAUUGCCAAUCCCGACAUGCAAAAGUUUAUGCAUGAAAGUCUCUCAUACGAUACCAAAGACAUGGAAGGUGUACAAAAUGCCCUGAAAGUUUCAUAUGAAGUGGAUAUGACCUUAGCCCACUCUUCUGAAAAGUUGACAAAUAUAGAGAAUCUUUUGUUGCACGUUUUACUCAGGGAAAAUGAUAUUGGAUCAAUACCUGUUGAGGAUGAUAACAUAUCUGCAGAAUUGAUUGAAAAGGCUUUAACGCUUGAUCUGUUGUGUACUUUUUUAUGUUCCGAGGUGAGAGAACUAGACAAUCUAAUGGGUGAUCUUCAAGAUACUAUUGUCAAUGCCAUUCAUGAGAUAUCUUCUUGUGGACAACCAACAGAAUUGCUUACUGGGCUGGAAAGUAAAUUGCGUGAUUCCGAAGAAUUACUAAAACAGUCACAAGAGCAAGUCCUGGAGAUAAAGAUCCAAUUAGCCAAGUUGCAGAUGACCUCAUUUUCUUUUAAACAAAAUGAAUGGAAAUAUGACUUGGUCAACGGUCUUAAAGAGGAAUUUCGUUUAGAAAGCACAGAGUUCAAGCCGCAAAUGCAGACAGUUGAACAAAGGCGUGUUUUAAGAAUGCUGGAAAAAUCUCUUGCAAGAGAGCUGGGACUUGAGAAGAAAUUAACAGGACUGAAACAAAAUGAGGAAGAUCUUAAAUUGAAGAUACGGUUAACAGAACAAGUUGCUGUAUGCAUGGAAGAGGCAGCAGAGGUUGCUUGGAGCAGGUUUUUAGAGGCGGAAAAUACAGCAGAAGUGCUGAUGGGAAUUUCAAAAGAAAUGGUGGGCAGGCUUCAGAUUGUUUGGAUCAAUCUGAAUGGUUCAACCAAGAGAGAAGAAGAAAUAAAAUCUCAACUCCAGGAUUGCAUAAAUCAAUUGAACGACAAAGAAAUUGCAAUUGGAAAACUCAACAGCAGCAUUUCACAGCUUAUCGCUGAUAAUUCUGAAGUGACUCGUGUAAGAGAACAAGUUAAAAUGCUAGAGGAAAAGCUGAACAAAACCGAGUCCCUGCUUAAGGAGGCAAAUGCAUCUAGUGAAACGAGUCAACAGAAAUUAAAAGAAAUGGAGCGUGAAAGCCAGUCCCUAAGGGAAAAUAUACAUGACAUGGAGAGUAGGGCUGAAAGUGCAGAGACCAAAGUUACUCAUUUAACAGAGACAAACUUGGAACUGACAGAAGAACUAGGUUUUCUGAAAGUUAGUAAUGAUAGCAAUACAAAAAAGGCUAGCAUGCUCGAGAAGCAGUUGAGGGAAUUAGAUAUCCAAUUGCAGCAUGCUAGGGCAUCCUCUGAAGCAAGUCAAGAGCAGCAAAACAUGCUAUAUUCUGCAAUUUGGGACAUGGAAACAUUAAUUGAUGAACUGAAACAAAAAGUUACCAAGGCUGAAAGUAAGACUGAGAGUGCCGAGGACCGAAGUAUUAUACUUAAUGAAGAACUAGAAUUUCUGAGAGCCAGGAUGGAAUUCUUGGAGAAUUCUAUACACCAAGCGACCAUUGAGAAAAAAUCAAGUACAGAAGACAUUAAUAUCAAAACCGAGCUAAUUAUGGAUAUGGUUGUGCAACUGGCAUUGGAAAGGGAGAGAAUACAGAAACAGUUGUACUCUUUGACAAAGGAAAACAAAUUGUUGAGAGAGAAGUUCCAGGAAGCAAAGAAGCUUGCAACUGUAGUUCAGACAGACAAUACCAGUAGUGACAAUAAAGAAUUCCCAUCGUCCGGGCUUGAUUCACUUGAUGCUGUUUCCACAAAAUUUCCAGCAGAAAUGACUACACCAUUCUCAUCCAAAAGUUUUCUGGCGGACAAAUCACCAGAGGACGUGCCUCCAGAUCAGAGUGAUAUGGCUUCCAGUUCUGCAAAAAAUGAAACAAAUUCCUUUCCGAAGGUGGAGGCAGAGAGAAUGGUAAAAACCAGGAGUUGUAGUAGAACGUUCACAAUCGUGACAGUUGUUGUUCUGAUGCUUUCGAUUUUAGCAGCACAUCUGUUUAACAAAAAUCCCAUGGCCUUGAAAUUUUUCGAGAGUUAA